AUGGGGAAAAAGCGAUUCACAAAAGGUGGACAACCUGAGCGUGCUUUGAUGGAAGUAAGCAACUUAUCGUGGAUGGGAUUCACGAGAAAAUCAAACAGUUUGAAUGAUUCUACUAGGAGAAGGCUUAAGAGUAAGAAGGUAUUGAUUGUUUUUGAUGAUGUAGAGGAUCGAAACCAUUUAAAAGAUUUAGCAGGAGAUUGUGAUUUGUAUGGUGAGGGAAGUAGAAUCAUCAUAACUAGUAGAGAUUCACUUGGUUUAUCAGAGGAAGACAGAUAUGAGGUUGAGAAGUUAAGUGAUUCUCAAGGUCUGGAACUCUUUAGCUUGCAUGCCUUCGAGCAAAAUCUUUCCAAGGAAGAAUAUAAGGAGCUAUCAAACAAGGCAAAAAACUAUGCUGGAGGCAAUCCAUUAGCUCUUAAAGUUUUGGGAUCUCAUUUAUUUAAUAUGCACAUUGAAGAAUGGGAAAGUGAAUUGGAAAAAUUGAAAGUUGAACCUCUUGAGAAAAUUCAAGCUGUUUUGAAAACAAGUUAUGAUGGGCUAGGGGAUAAGGACAAGGACAUAUUUCUUGAUAUUGCAUGUUUCUUCAAAGGGCAAAAUAAAGAUUGA